AUGGCUACCCCCAGUGUCCUCGAUUUUGACGUUGAGGGUUGGGCCAUUGACUUUGACGUCAAGGUAGAUGACCUGCAGCUUUUCCUACAGUGCGAUAGGGCGGACGGUCUCUCCCUCUUUGACCUCACUUCUGGUGCCUCUUUUGCCCCUCCUGCUGAUGCUGACGCCACUGUUCGCUCACAGUGGGCCACACACGAUGUUGCUGCCCGUCUUGCUGUGCGCCGCUACUUACCUACCGCUGAGCGCGCACACUUUAGUCAGUACAAGAGUGCUAAGACCUUGUAUGACGCUGUAGUUGCAUGCUACUCUUCCCCUGCCACUGCUACACUUAGCCGCCUCAUCCUGCCGUACCUCUUCCCUAACCUCGCCGCUUUUCCCACAGUCGCUGACCUCAUUACGCACCUUCGCACUAGUGACAUUCGUUACCGCGCUGCCCUUCUUGCUGAGUUCUGCGCCAAGAACCCCCCCCCCCCAUUGUACAUCACCCUCUACUACAUAGAGCGCCUCCUAGCAGCAGAGAACAGCAUAGUCGCUGUAGGAGCCUCUCGUGGUGACCCUCGCGCCCCUAUCUUUGAGGGGUGCUCCCCCUCUCCUCUCUUACUCUCUGUUGCCUCUGCUGCUGCGGCCGACCUCGUUGGUCUUGAGUCGGUCGGUGCAGCGUCUACCCCUAGCGGGAGACGCCGCCCUGGCAAGGGCAAGGGGGGCAAGGGCUCUGGAGGAGCUAGCGGGGGCGGUGGAGGAAGCGGUGGAGGCGGUGGAGGGGGUGGGGGUGGCGGUGAGGGUGGUGGCGGGGGUGGGGGCGUCAGUGGCGGCAGUGGAGGCGGAGGAGGCGGCGCAGGUGGCGGUGGGAGUGGAGGUGGCGGAGGUGGCGGCGGUGGAGGCGGUAGCGGCGGAGGAGGUGGAGCUGGUCGGGGUGGCGCUGCGCAGAGGGUCAGCUCCGGUGGUGGUCAGCGCCAUCAGCAGCAGCAUCAGCGCACACGUGAGAUCCCUCCCCCUUAG